AUGGCCAAUACAACUCAACCAAGACUUUAUAGCCGGGUUCAUCAAGGCGACCGAGUCAAGAUCACUGCGGGCGAAUAUGUAGGCCUGGUGGGAUAUGUACGCGCGGAAUCGGACAAAGAAAUGUCAGUAUACCUGGAAUCCCAGGAUGUUACUAUCGACAUCAUACGGCAUAACGUGAGGGCAAACUACCUUGUUGGUGAUAAGGUUCGAGUCGCUCAAGGUGACAAUAUUGGAAUGACGGGAGUGGUAGUGGAAGUCGAAGGACGGAGGGUGCACGUUGUAGACUUGGUGAAUGAAUCUGAGGUGUCUGUUAGAUCUGAGUUGCUAGAAUUUUUCGAAGAAGCUGCUCAAAUUGCACUACGGCCUCUGAAACGUCACAAGGGAGACAUAGGACCACGAGACCCCAACAAUAUUUACAACGGUAAAAGCGUUGCUGUCAGUGGUUUGCACUCCGAAAAGGGUUAUCAUGGUAUCAUCAAGCACACACACCCAGACGGCCAUGCAGACGUAGAGUUAGAGGCGAAACAGCAGCGACUGCAACGUUUUCCUUUGCAUGACCUCAUUAUUCUCCCAGCCUCAGAGAACAUGAAUAGUUCCGCAACACAGGACGUGGAUGGUUCGCGAACACCUCCUGUGUUGUCACCAAUGCGGGAUCUAUCACCUGCAUGGAAUCCUGCUUCUGCGACACCCGAGCCCACCGAACAGUCUUCAGAGGACCUCUCUUGUUUAAACGAUGACCGGUUACAUGGUGUCCGAAUCAUGCUGACGACUACCGACGCAGGGCCCUCCGCGCCAAUAAUGGAGUUCACCGGUAUCAACGAUAGAGUGGUUAGUGUCAAGAUGCGUGGUCAGAUUGUACAAAAGUGCCUUUCCCAGAUUCUGCUAGUGCAUCCAACCAAAGCGGGGGAUAUAGUGACACCACGGCAAGGCCCAUGGGUUGGACAAAUCUUCAAAGUUCGAGAAAUAAUUGAAGAUACUUGCAGCAUUCACAAAAUACCCGCAAAGAAGUUGAACAAGAAAGAAAGCCACCCUACGAUGCUCAGAAUAGAGUUGCUAUGCAUGUAUCUCCCAUACCGUUGA